CACAACCGGCGCUACAGGCAAGACGACGGCCGCAAGUCAUUUCCUUUCCGCGGUCAAUACGAGCGGAUGGGAGCCGUCGUAGCAAGCGAGCAGCAUCACAGCCAUCAUUGCUACCCCUACUUAUCGUACGAGAGGGAUCGAACAGUGGCGCUGUCUUCGUGCUUGUGACUGGGCAUCAACAGCAUCACAGUAGAAGGAGCGGGCGCUGCUCAAAGUACCUGUAAGGGCAGCAGCUGCCGGCUCGGCUCGUCGUAGCUGCAGCGAGGACGAACUGUUCGCUCGCAGUCACGAACAGCGCGUAUGUUCGUUGUUCUUUCGUGGCGGCGCUCCAUUGCGAGCGAACCGCAGUGAGCGAGUACGGAAACGCAGAAACGACAUCCGUAGUCGUCGUCGUCUUUAGACCACAAGCGGCUCAGUGCCUGUGUCUGUGCACAAAAUCGGCUAAAUCAACGCGAACGCUAGCAAACGGUACAAUUGCUUCUUGGUGCUUGCUUUUUCUAUCCACCACCAACUGUUAAUUGAUCUCAAAAUCGAGGCGAUGCUGUCGAUGACUGAAAUCUGACGAAGACAGCAGUCUGGCAGCCGUGUUGUAUUGCGAUGUACACAGCGAAGUGUUCCGGUACUCAUGUUGAAAGCUGUUAAAAUAUCUAUAUAGAUGUAACAGCUCUUGCAGCUGAGAACAACCUGAAUUAGUGCAUUAGCAACCUAUCCAGGAGUGUUGGCCCCAUUCCAGCAAACGGAGCCGGUGCAUAGUGGACGGUAGAAUCAAUCGGUGCCCACCUUAACGCCAUAUCGAGGAGUAUUGUCUAGCGUGAAGUGAACGGUGAGGGAACGUGUGUUAAGUUUAUCUUUAAGAAAUAGAUAAGACUCAAAUUAAUCUGUAACACACGUAGUAAUUUCGAUCCUAACUCGUUGGUGCGAUCAUCGAAAAGGUCAUUGGUGUCAUUUACGUGUAUUCUGUGUUACGGACCUGGUAUUACUCUCGCCAGUACCCUCUGUGCGCCUAAACUUACCAGCGAUACGCAUGUCUAACAGAAGGAUCAGCACUAGACAAUAAAUAUGGUAAAGGCUACCGAUGGUGUACCAAUGGCGCCCACAUCGAACCAAUCAGUAGACUCUGCUACGGGUUACGCAGGGUCGCCUGCGGCUCUCAGCGCUCGAUGGGCGAAGUUGCGUGCUGAUCCGGCCCUGCAGCGUUCAGCUGCACUUCGCGCACGACUGGCUCGCCGCGAGCGAAGAAACCGUCAAAGGAUUUUAAGACUCCAAGAGUUCCAUCGGCUGCGUUCGAUGGUGCCCGCCAUUGCCCAAACACCCAACGUGGACAAGGUGACUGUGAUCGAGGAGGCAAUCAAGUACAUCGAUCAUUUACAUGAGGCGCUACGCAAUAAAUUCACUGAACGAGGUCUUCCGCCAUCAUUACAGGGGCUGCCGAUAGAUCUCGAAACGACUGACAUGCGAGCUGUUGUCAGGCUUCUCGCCAAUAACAGCAAUAGCGGCGGUGGCCAAUCGAACCUGGCGAGCAAUUCAGGAGUUUCGCGGCCAGUUCCAAUGGGGCGUCCGCUAGCACUGCCACCGCCAGUCGACAGCAUUCCGCAUCCGUGCGAACGUCAACGUAACGUCCCUUCGUACCUCCUAAAGAUGCGCUUGCCUCGCAAACAAGAUCAUCGGUAGAAGCUGUCUUCGUGAAUCCAGUGCAAUAUACGUUCCCGCAAAUCGAAUAGUAAAACAGAGAGUAUAUGCCGACGGAACGACGGCGCCACAACGUAGAGGCCUGUCGUGGAGUCUCUUUCCCUAUGCGCUGUUCCGCUAAUUAAGCAGACACCAUCGACCAUGUCAAUGGCAAUGCUUUCACUUGUUUACUAAAUUGUAAUUUUUUUUUUUGUCAACCUUCACGUCUUGGCCCAUUUAUGAGCAAGUUGGCUAAAACCCGAUAUUCAGAGCUUGACUAGUGCAACUGGGUGGCGCUUUGCGAAUUCUGGGAGAUCUCUCGUGCAAUUGAGUGCGAAGACCUUUUUCAUUAUUUUCAAGGAUUGUAUAGUUAAACUUCCUAAAUAUCGCCGAAUAUCCCUAAUUCAGAUUUGCUAUGAGCAUUAUACGAAAUAAACAAAAAACAUGGCCAAGUAAAACACAUGGCUAAAUGAUGCAGAUCGAUAACAAAAAUAGAAUCGUCUCAUUAACCUCUAAACGAACGUAAAUAAAAACCCGUCUUUUUUGUUGUGAUGAGAAUUGAAAAAAAAA